CGCAGUGGAAGGAGGAGUGAGGAGUUGUCUAAGAGUUGUCGUGGAGUCUUGUCAUUUAACCGUCAUCAGGUCUACUUUUACUUUUCUCCUCUCCGAAAACAGUAAAAUCAACAUCGCCGGCAAAGGAAACCACCACCUCUAAACACUCUCAAUCUCUCUCUGUUUCCCUUACCGACUUGAAAAAAUGGUUCUCACAGUGACAGACGGAGAACUGGAUUUGAGCAUGUCUCAACUGGAAGAAGUUCCCAUGAAAGAUGUGGUUGCUGUCAAGAACAAAGUGCGAAAGCUGGACCUUUCAAACAAUCAGCUGCAGUUGCUGCCGAUGGAUUUUGCCCCAUCGCUGACCCUUCUUGUUGAGCUGGAUCUGAGCAAAAACCAACUCUCCAUGAUUCCUGAUAAUAUCGGUCUCCUUGUCAACCUGCAACACCUUGAUCUGUACAGCAACAAUAUUGAGCGCCUUCCCUUGAGCUUCAAAGAACUGAAAAAGCUGCGUUGGCUAGAUUUAAAGGACAACCCCCUGACACCGCAACUGGCAAAAAUCGCCGGACCCUGUGUUGACAAGGAAGACUGCAAGAGGUGUGCGAGAGACAUAGUCAUUAUAAUGCAGGAGAUCUACAAAAACAUUGAAGAAGACAAAGUAAGCGGUCAGGACACCAAACCCGCUGAGCCUGUAAGUGGUCCAAACAAAGACAAGAAGAAGAAAAAGAAGGGUAACAAAAACCCUGAUGCUAAAACUAAAAAGGAAUCUCCUGCAAAGUCACAGCAACCCCAGUGGAAGGAGCUGGAGCUAGAAGACAAGACCGGUGGAGCCGACGCAGACAUUGUUUCAUCCCAAGAUUUGUCCACACCUAGACGCGGCUAUUUGUGCCAGUCCCUGAUCAGAGGGUUUUUUUGGAGCAUGUUUCUGGUGUUUGCUUUCAUCGCCUGCCUCUUCCUGUCCAGACGACCUGAGGUUCAGCCAUACGUCCGCACAAUGAAUCAAAAACUGCAGUUGUUCCAAGUGGAGUUUGAGCGCUACUCUGAGGUCUACUUGAGCAAAUUGUUGGUCUACGUGGCCAAAUUCAGGGAAAUUUGGGCGGCGAAUUUGACUAGAUUCAACAGCUUUGUCGAUGGCACUCUCGUAAUCUAUCUGGAAGACUUCAAAGUGCGAUUUUUGGACGGCUUUGCUGAAAUGAAAGUUCAGAUCAAUGAGUACUUGACAAAAAAAGACUGACGCUGAAUUUCCCUUUUCCUUUCCAUCGUGCUACAUUCGAUUUUGAUGAUUAUUCUACUUAUUAAGGAGCAUUCCUACUAUUUCCAUGUAUUCCUUGUAAUAUUUUUCAUUCCCGCCAUAUCUCUACGCACUAUUUUUGGUUUGGAAUCUGUUUGUUAUAAUGAAAUAUAAAACUAUCAUUUCAUGUUGAA